AUGCUUCAAUUUCAGACUUUUACGAAGAAUUCACCCCAGUACAAGUACCUUGUAGAUCAGCUUAGGGAUCAUCAAGUAACCCAACGGAUUUAUUCUAAGGCGCCACAGGAAGCUGAACAUGUUGCCAAUCUUUACGCGACAUACUUAUCGAGGACACGAAAAUUGGCCAAACUUGAGGAGCGUUACAAAGGUGGAGAACGGUCGGUAGAAGAAAGCGCUAGGCUUGUUGGUUUAAAUCUACCUGAAAAGAAGGAAUGGACUUGA